AGAAAAUGUGGAUCUCGCAAAAGCUUUUGAUUUGGUCUAGGUAAGAGAGAGGAGAAAAGAAGGAGUCAACUUUUUUUUCUCACUGCCAUUGAAGAAGAACUGAAGAAGAAUUUCAAAGGUGAAAUUGCUUUUUGGAAAUUCAAAUAAUUGAAAGUGGAAGAGGUUGUCAUAACUUCAAAUAUUAUUAUUUUAGUGAAUCAAAAUGGGGAUUCAGUUCUCCAGCCUCGUGCCGUGCUGCGUAAAUUCACAAGUUAAGACAUCUGUUAUUGAAGUUCCGCAUACUGGAAAUGAAGAUAGAAGUGAAGUCGAUAAUGGGCUUGCAUUUCGCGAAUAUACAUUUGAGCAACUUAAGAAUGCGACAUCCGGUUUCUCUGUUCAGAAUAUAGUAUCUGAACAUGGAGAGAAGGCUCCAAAUGUUGUGUAUAAAGGGAAGUUGGAGAAUCAAAUGAGGAUUGCUGUUAAGAGGUUCAAUAGGAAUGCUUGGCCCGAUUCUCGGCAGUUUUUGGUAAAUGAAGCUAGAUCUGUUGGCCAGCUUCGUCACCAAAGAUUAGCGAAUUUACUUGGUUGUUGUUGUGAAGGCGAAGAGAGGUUGCUUGUGGCCGAAUACAUGCCCAACGAAACACUCGCAAAACACCUUUUCCAUUGGGAAACUCAACCGAUAAAAUGGCCAAUGCGACUGAGAGUUGUUCUACAUCUUGCAGAAGCUCUGGAAUACUGCACGAGCAAAGGACAUGCGCUCUAUCAUGACCUUAACGCAUAUAGAGUUCUAUUUGACGAGGAUGGUAAUCCUAGGCUUUCAACUUUUGGCCUUAUGAAGAAUAGUAGGGAUGGAAAAAGUUAUAGCACGAAUUUAGCAUUUACCCCUCCUGAGUAUCUCAGAACUGGUAGAGUAACACCAAAAAGUGUAAUAUAUAGCUUUGGAACUCUUUUGCUUGACAUUCUGAGUGGGAAGCAUAUCCCUCCAAGUCAUGCUCUUGAUUUGAUUCGAGACAGAAAUCUUCGGAUGCUGACGGAUUCUUGCUUGGAAGGACAGUUUUCUGAUGAUGAUGGAACCGAGUUGGUGCGCUGGGCAUCUCGAUGUUUACAGUACGAACCAAGAGAGAGGCCUAAUCGGAAGUCAUUAGUGGCUGCUUUGGCCCCUCUUCAGAAAGAGACAGAGGUUCCUUCACAUGAAUUGAUGGGUAUUCCGCAUGGUUCUACUUUAGCUUCAUUGUCUCCGCUCGGUGAAGCUUGUUCAAGAAAGGACCUGACUGCCAUUCAUGAAGUUUUGGAAAAACUUGGCUAUAAAGAUGAUGAGGGAAUUGCAAAUGAGUUAUCUUUCCAGAUGUGGACUGAUCAAAUACAGGACAUGCUAAAUUGUAAGAAAAAAGGCGAUGCGGCUUUCUGGCAGAAAGAUUUUAGACUUGCAAUUGAGUUUUAUACACAGUUCAUUGAUGCCGGAACAAUGGUUUCUCCAACGGUACAUGCGCGUCGCAGUUUGUGUUAUCUCAUGAGCGAAAUGCCGCAGGAAGCGCUAGGCGAUGCAAUGCAAGCGCAAGUGAUUUCCCCUUUGUGGCACAUUGCAUCUUAUCUUCAGUAUGUUUCAUUGGGUGGACUUGGAAUGGAGCAUGAAGCAUAAGUAGCACUCAAAGAGGGAACAACAUUGGAAGCCAAAAGGAGUGGACAAAAAUGAAGAGUGUGUUUUGUACAUAACACAGUUUCAUUGCAAUGGUUAUACUUAUACACAUAUAAUUAUCAUGUAUUAUUCAAGAAACAAAUGAUUGGAUGAUGAGUGUAAUUGGUGAUUGAACACCCUUACCCCUUUUUAUUGGGUAGGCUUGGAUGUUGGUUAAGUUCUUAUCCAUGAUUUGAUUUGAUUAAUGAUGGAGCAUUAAUACAAACUCAGCAU